AUGCCACGAUCGUCAAGUCCAGUAUCAAAGCAGAUUGAACUACGAGCAUGUUUAGAAUGUCGGAAACGUAAGAGCAAGUGCUCUGGGGGUUCGCCCUGCCAGUACUGCUCUCGAAGCAAGAAGCAAUGCGUCUAUGGCCGUGCUCCAUCUCGCACUCCACUGACGCGAAAAAAUCUCGAUGAAACAGAACGUCGCUGUGCAAAGUUGAUGGCUCUACUUCAUAAACUCAACCCGGAUGUUGACAUUGAAGUUGCGCUGAAGCAUGAAGGCUUUGAAUUCCCACUCAAGAGUCUACAGAGCGCAGAUUCUGAGAUAGAAAGCCCUGCCUCUGUGGAUCGAUUCGAGUGGAAUGAAGCUGCGUUGGCGUCGCCGUCGCGGUCGCAAAAAGAGUGCCCGGACGGGAUGGCAUCAUUGGUGCCGAGUGGGAGGGCAGGAUGUGGAUAUCUUGGAAAUAGUUCUGGAUCGCAUCUGCUGCGGAAUAUCUCAGGCUUAUUCCCUGAUAACCCUGACUCUGUGGCUACUGAGCAAACAUCGCCUGUCGAUGCGAGCCAGAUCGAAAGUCCAUCAUGGUCAGCCCAUCUGAGCAACACUGCGGUCUUGGACAGGCUGGUUGAUGCAUACUUCAUGUGUUACAAUUCAUCAUUUCCGAUUCUACACGAGAGCACAUUUCGACAAAAGUACCGCAAUCGCCAGCAGAUUCAUCUCCGCUCGAGUUGGCAUCCGAUCUUCUAUCUUGUCCUGGCAAUUGGGGACUGGAUUCUGGCUGGUGGAGCAGAGGCUGAACAGUCGAGAUAUUAUACGGCUGCACGGUCACGCAUGUCGAUGCGUAUGUUGGAGUCGGGCAAUCUGCUCACCGUGCAGGCUUUUCUACUGAUGGGUAAUUAUCUUCAGAAACGCGAUCGGCCUAAUACGGGGUACAAUUUUAUUGGGAUUGCAUAUAGGAUGGCCCUUGGGCUAGGACUUCAUCGCGAGCCACCCGCGGAUACACCUGAUUCACUGUUCAAUGAACGGAGGAGAGUCGUCUGGUGGAUUGUCUAUUGCUUCGAUAGUGGGUUCAGCUUGACCACGGGGAGGCCUGUGAUGGCUUCUGAUGGGUUUAUCGAAACACGACUUCCACGGAAUAUUGAUGACUCGGCGUGUACAUUGGAUUCUAUCCUCCCAGCACCGACAGAAGAGCCAACCACCUACUCGGCGAUUAUAGCACAGGCACGGCUAUCCUCGAUUGGAAACAUGGUGUAUCGUGACGUGAUAUCCGCGUCGAAAGAAACCCCCCUCGAUCUGAGGGUGGCACGCUCGAUUGACCACCAGUUCAAAGCCUGGAAACUAUCCUUGCCAGUCUACUUUACAGCCCAAGACAUUCCUCACUGGUUCCAUGGCCCACGGGCAAUCAUCCGAUGGAAGGAAGAGAAUGUGCGCAUGAUGCUGUGGUGGGGAAGCCAGCGCCUGUGCAGUUUGCCAUCAGACAGCGACGAAGCACAGAACAUGUGCCAUUACACUGCGAUUGAGACUAUCCAGGACAUUACGACCUUCUGCCUGGACCAUCCAGAUACCCUCCACGCCGGGACCAACUGGUACGCCACGUACUUUUUAUUCCAAGCAACGAUCGUGCUCAGCAUUCACUAUCUACGACCGUGUCAGUCCAGGGACACCACAGCCACGCAGGAGUUAUGGUUUCUCUCCAUCUCACGAGCACGAGAUUGUCUCGCCUUUCUGAGCACGAAUAACAAAGCUGCCUCGCGAUGUCUGGCUGUGCUCGAUAGAAUCAGAGAUCAAUCCCAGCCGUCACAACCUGCGUCGGCACCAGUACCUCCUGACCCUGACUCGACACAGUUACAAACUAUUCCUGGAGAUCCGGGCAUGCAUUCACCUACUUUUGCGAUUGACCCUGCGCUGCAGAUCUUCUUUCAGGAUACUACGUGGGAUAAUGAUAUCUUUGAAGGUCUUCAGGGCUUUCCUAGUACGGAUGAGACUGAGUCGUUUGACUAUAUCCGGCUUACUGAUCCGAGUUUGGAGCCUAGUUAG